GGCUCUCACAUGUACGCGUGCGCGUUGGUGUUCGACAGGCUACGCAGUUGGGAGCGGAGCGUGGCUGUUUGGGGUUUUCGCACCGAGUUUGUCGGAAAGUAGAUAUUUCCAGCUUGUCACGUUUCCAUUUUCACAGUAAUAUACUUACUCGUGUGUGUGUGCGCGCCGCCGCCGACAAAUGUCAGGCAUUAUGAUGAGAAAGCCUUUGCGAAGUGAUGGACUGAACCGUUUUUCCUUAUCAUAAAGUUGUUAUCAUUCCUUGUGGUUGGAUAGCCUGAAAACUUGAGGGGGUGGGUGGGGGACUUUAGUUUUAGGAAGAAGUGAAGGAAAGAGGACUGAUUUAUUGAGCGUGUCGCGCCUUAUUUGAAGGAGUAGGUGGAAGGAGGGGCUGUCACUUUCGAGAAAGGGUCAAGGGAAAGGAGGAGCACCUCCGUGGUUGAGUGGAGCCGAGCGGGGACAGCCGGAGUUCGAGGCAGCCUGCGACAUGGCGGCAGCGGCGGGAGCAGGAGGGGUCAGCACCCUGCCCACACUACCUGAUACUGGCGGCAACCCCUUUCCCCCGGGAUCAUUCAAAGAACCCAAGAGACUCUAUUGUAAGAACGGCGGCUAUUUCCUGAGGAUCUUGCCGGAUGGCAGAGUUGAUGGGACCCGCGAGAAGAAUGAUGGCAACAUUAAACUGCAGCUGCAGGCAGAAUCUAUCGGAGUUAUAUCAAUCAAGGGAAUUUGUGCUAAUCGUUACCUUGCUAUGAAUGAAGAUGGCAGAUUGUAUGGAUCGAGGUUGCCAACAGAUGAAUGCUUCUUUUAUGAAAGGUUGGAACCAAAUAACUACAAUACAUAUCGUUCAAAGAAAUAUGAAAAUUGGUAUGUUGCUCUUAAAAGAUCUGGACAGUACAAACACGGGCCAAAAACUGGACCAGGACAGAAGGCAAUUCUGUUUCUGCCAAUGUCUGCAAAGUGUUCCUAA